AUGACCGUUGUAUCGGGAGAUAUCCUCAAACCAACCCACUAUCUGAUCGUUACCUAUCCCGCAUGGUCUCACCUCCGAUCCCUUCUCGGUCUCUGUAAUUCUCUCUUAAUACUCAACCCAUCCCUUCAUCUAACGAUCCUCGUACCUGCUAGUCGCGCCUCAGCUGCUGCCCUGGAGACGUCCCAAUAUCCACCCAUUGUGUCCCCGGAGAGGAAGAAGAUCGUACAUUACGGCGAUGCUUCUUACAAGAAGGACGGGUUGUACGGUGUCCGAGAGGGAUACAAGAUGGAAUGUUUGACAUGGCUGGAGAGUUACACACAACCUUUGGCUGAGUUAGAUGCAGUCAAAGAUUCUAUAACGAAAGAAGACGUACCACUUCAUGACAUACCUCUUACCGCCAUCAUCGCCGAUCUUAAUCUCUGUGCUUUCUCCGUUAGCAUCAAGAAAAUCAUGCGGAGGGAAAAGGGAGAGACACCAAUCUUGUUAACUCUGGCACCUUACAACACAGCUCUUCUCGCUGCGUUCAUGAUGCAAGGGUACGGGGAUCUAUCAGGCAAGAUCGACCGAGUACUGUCUUCAUCGGGCGACGACCAGGAGUUACAAAAGAAGCUAGGAAUGGAAAUUAUCGGGUCAAGUGACGAGAUAGUCAGCAUACCUGGUUUAUCACCUUAUCAGUCCAUGCUGCAUCGCCUCCCGACCAUGGCACAGUUCCUCAAAUAUAUUCCUCUCGUCACGGAACGACUCAUUAUUGGAUGGCCCCACGUUCUUGGACAGAACUUACAAGACCAAGUGACCAAAAGGUUCGGUCCUUCUUAUCAGAUCGGCCCACAGCUUCCUGUUCUUUCCGGAACAGAAUGGGUUGUGGAGGAGCGCGAAGGGGAGUGUAAACAGUAUCUUGAUGCGGCUUUGAUAGAUGAAGGAGAGAACAGCGUCUUUUUCGGCUCGAUAUUGUUCGCACCGACGAAAGACCAGAUCAUUCUGCUUCUUGACGUCCUUGAGGAAUUACAACGAAAGUAUAUCAUGGUGGUUGGGAAUCUGGAUCCUGUAGUGAGACCCGGAGUGGAGGAUAUCAUGCGUGAUCGCGUAGGAAGAGGAGACGAUAAAGGGUUGUUGGUACGAUGGGCUCCACAACGUGCCAUCUUGAGUCAUCCGGCUACCGGAUUAUUCCUCACUCAUGCAGGUGCCAGUUCCGCCGUUGAAGCCAUGACUCUUCGCAUACCGAUGAUCCUCUGGCCAGCGGGAUUCGAUCAACCUUACAUCGCCAACGAGCUCGACGCUUUAGGAGUAGGCUAUGAAUUGUUACAAAUUCGUGAAGGUCCUAAUAUCGGAAGACCAUGCGCUAGGAAUGGAGUGGUUGUACGAGGGACGGCGGAGGCGAUCAGAGGAGAAUUCCUAUUGGCAUUUGGGGAUCUCAAAGGCGGUUUGGUGGGUAGAUUGAGGACUCGGGUAGGAGAAGUUGCCGAGUUGUUAAGGGAGGAUAGGGAAUGCGGGGGGACUUUUAAAAGUAUGUGGGAGCUCAGUCGGAUCGGUCACGAGGAUCUGAAUGAGAUAGAUAGCACAUAG